AAGUUUAAAUCUUAUUGUUAAAUAAUGAAAAGCACCAAAGUAUUUAAACAUGAUGUUGAAACUUCACAACCCAGAAAAUGGGAGCUUGCCCUAAACGAGGCCCAACUCCCCAUCACAGAGAAAUCCAACCCCAUAACACAAAAUAUAGACAAAUCAGAUUCUGUUCAAAUUGUUCAGCUUUUAAAAGAAUGUGAUGCAGAAAUAUUUCAAAAGGAAGACAGCACGACCACCAAAUAUAAGACUCUAUACAGUGAAUCAAUUUUAGCAACAAUGGUUGAUACUGCCAAGCAAGUCAAAGAACUACUGAAGGAUCCUGAAAAUAACCUCAUUGUGCUAAGUGGAUGUGGGACUUCAGGAAGAUUAGCAUUUCUGCUUGCAUCCUCCUUCAACAAGUUGUUCAAAACAGCAAGCUGUGAUUAUGUUAUUGCAGGGGGAGACAAAGUUCUUAUAACCUCUCAGGAGCUAUCUGAGGAUAAUCCAGAGGCAGGAAUUAAAAUGUUAAAAAAGAUCUCAGAAAGGAAAGAGAGAGUAAUGUUCUUUGGCAUUUCAUGUGGAUUGUCAGCUCCAUUUGUUGCUGGUCAGCUGCACAUCUGCUUGAACAACCCAGAGAAAUUCAUCCCUGUUCUAGUGGGGUUCAAUCCAGUUAAUAUGGCAAAAUCUGACAAAAUAGAGGGAUGGCAUUCUACAUUUCGUCAAGUGGCAGAAGGAAUUCAGAAAUUGGAAAAGCUACACAAGGCGUAUAUCAUUAACCCCAUUGUUGGGCCUGAAGGAAUCACUGGAUCAUCCCGCAUGAAAGGUGGAAGUGCCACCAAAAUUCUCCUGGAGUCCAUUUUCCUGGCUGCGCACAAGGCUUUGGCAAACAACAGUGACAUCACAGAUGGGUGUCUGCUGGAUUUGCUGACAAGUUAUGAAAAAGCUUGGAUAAUCACCUACACUCAUAGUGAAAAGAUUGCUGCUUUGGUGAAACAGGCUGGUGCAAGCUUACAACAGAAUGGCAAUAUAUACUACAUUGGAUGGAAGUCACUUGGAAUUAUGGGAAUCAUUGAUGCAAGUGAAUGCGUACCAACAUUUGGAGCAGAUUUCAGUCACAUACGUGGUUUUGUAGACAUUAGUUUUAAAGACUUGGCAAACAAUGAUGGAGAUAUGUCAACACUGGGACCAGAAUUUUCCAUCUCACAUGACGAUUUUAGAAAGAAUAUUCUUCCCACAAUCCACAAGAAUGAUACUAUUGUCUUCAUCUUUACUUUAGAUGAUGAAGUUUCAGAGAUUGAAAAAUUUGCACAUCAGGUUAAGAUGUCAACAUCUAAUUUGUUUGCAAUUUCGCAUGGAAGGCCAAAGCAAUGCAUGACAAAACAGCUAAAGAAAGUGUUUUCUGUUAUAAUCAGUGUCAUGUGGCCAGCAACGUUGCCCAAUUAUGAAGGAUGCUACAUUCAGAUGUUUCAGCAUGAACUGAGUACAAAAUGGAUACUGAACGCAAUUAGUACAGGUGCACAUGUUUUGAAAGGGAAAGUCUAUUACAAUUUUAUGAUUGACCUCAAAGUCAGUAACUCGAAAUUAUUUGAUCGGGCUUUAUACAUCCUCCAGAGACUUACAGGUCAGACCCAAACUAAAUGUUUUGAAACAUUGUUAAAGACUAUUUAUGAAACAGAUGAACUAAAUGAAAAGAUGAAAAAUGUGGAAAUUUCACAACACAUUCAGCAUGCUGCAGAAAUGAAUGAGAUUAUUCCUACAGCAAUGGUGGCAUUAAUGAGACACUGCUCUAUAUCUGAAGCAAAAGCUCGACUAGCUUCUUGCGCAAUUGUACGAGAUGUCAUCAGCUCAAUUGACAUCCAAGAGAAAAAAAUGGAGAGCAGAUCACACAGAAACAACUGAAGAAGAAAGAGAUGAAUGAAAAUUUGUUGCAGCAGCCUUUUGAGUAUUGUUAUGACAUCUAUGCAUGAAAAUUAUAAAAAUUACUGGCUCGAAAAUUCCACAGGGACAGCAUUCAGCAAUCAUACUAGUACUGCAUCUAUUAUUAAUUGCUACCAUUGAUCAUGUCAGAGUAACAAACUCAAUUAUUGGUCUGGUAAAGACAGGGUCUUCAAACAUCAGGCCCUGACCCUGGCCUUGACCCUUAGGUGGAUUCUAACUUUCACUUGUUCUGUCAAUUUAUGCCUAUGGUGAGGCCAGAUAUACAUUCACCUAUGCUUCUUUUGAUGCCCAAUUGAGGGAAGAGCUCCAAACUGGCUAAGCUGUCUUCACGUCAUUGAUCUUAUUUGGGAUGGAUUGAUUCCACCCUGAAAUAAGACCACAAAAUCUCCUUUGAAAAUCUCAGGCCUCACCUAAUUAGAUCCAUGUUUGAAAUAAAACAGGAAUCCACCAAAGUGGAUGAACCAUUUUGGAACCGUUGUUUUUAUUCAUUUUGCUAUUGCAAUGAAUGAAUAAAUCUCU